AGGAGAAGAGGGAGCGGGAGAUAUUAAUAGUGAGAAAGUAUAAAUAGAUUUGGAUUGGAUGAUAUUAGAAAUUAGAAAUGAGUGUCUUUGAAGUUUUAUCUGUUUUUAGAGAAAGAGAUGAGAAGGUGUUAUUAUGCUGUGUUGGAAGAAGACAAGGUGAUGAUUGUAAUAAGCCAUUCAUUCACACAACACACUAUCCUCAUUUUUGGAUUAGGGUUCAUUUUCUCUGAUGUCCUUUUCUCUCUCUAAACUCUACGGGAUUCCUCAUGAGAAACUCGCCUCAGAAGGUACUGCUCCUAUUCUAAGGGAAAGGAAUUAUUAUAGCACGUUAUAGAUGAGUUUGGUGGGUACAGAAUGCUCAGAGGAAGGUUCAGGUUUUCUUGAGCCAUCUGAUCCGGAUAUUAUUGAAACGGAUCCUACUUCUCGUUACCAUAGGUAUAAGGAAGUAAUCGGCAAAGGAGCUUUCAAAACUGUUUUUAAGGCAUUUGAUGAAGUCAACGGACUCGAAAUUGCAUGGAGCCAAGUUCGGAUUGAUGAGGUAUUACAAUCACCAGGCGACCUAGAGAGGCUGUAUUCAGAAGUGCAUCUAUUGAGGUCGUUGAAGCACAGUAACAUUGUAAGGUUCUUCAAUUCCUGGAUUGAUGACAAGCACAGGAAUGUUAACAUGAUUACUGAGUUGUUCACCUCAGGGAGCCUCAGACAGUACCGUAAGAAACACAAGAAGGUCGACAUGAGAGCUGUUAAAGGAUGGGCAAGACAGAUUUUAAUGGGUUUAAUCUAUCUUCACAAUCACAAUCCACCUAUUAUACAUAGGGAUCUGAAGUGUGAUAAUAUAUUUAUAAAUGGUCACCAAGGAGAAGUUAAGAUUGGAGAUCUGGGGCUGGCAACUCUCCUGAAGCAUAAAAAGGCCAAGAGUGUAAUAGGAACCCCGGAGUUUAUGGCGCCUGAACUGUACGAUGAAAAUUAUAAUGAAUUGGCCGACAUAUAUUCUUUUGGGAUGUGUAUGCUAGAGUUGGCUACUUCUGAGUAUCCUUACAGAGAAUGUAGAAACUCUGCUCAGAUAUACAAGAAAGUUUCGUCAGGUAUAAUGCCAGUUUCUCUUUCUAAAGUCAAAGAUCCAGAAAUAAAAUCAUUUAUCGAGAAGUGUCUGGUCCCAGCAUCUCAAAGAUUAUCAGCAAAGGAGCUUCUGAUGGACCCUUUUCUUGCAGUGAAUGUUUCCAUAAAGAAUCGUCCUCUUCCAUUACCAGAUAUCGUUCUUCCUAAAUUUGGAGCCUUUGAAAAUCGUUGUCUGAUGUCAGAAGGUCCUGCUAGUGCACGAAUUGGAUCUAUUUCAAUGGAUCUCGGUGAUACUAAUGGGAAACCAUUGAUCACUGUAUUUUAUAAUUCUGUUGAUGAUGCACCACCUUUACCAUGUGUUGAGAUACGAAGGUUGAUGGGAGGUGAUAGAUUUUUUCUCAAAGGUGAACAAAAUGAAGAGAAUUCUGUAUCAUUAGUUCUCCGGAUAACUGAUCAGGGCGGGCGAACAAGAAAUAUCCAUUUCAUAUUCUACCUCGAUAGUGAUACAGCCAUCUCAGUAUCAAGUGAAAUGGUUGAGCAACUCGAACUUGCCGAGCACAAUGUUAAAUUCAUUGCCGAGUUGAUUGAUUUGUUAUUGACAACAUUGGUUCCUGAUUGGAAACCUUGUGUAGCAAUUGAUCACUUAAUUUCUCCAAAUGGUAAACGAACUCAUGUGACCCAACAGAAAUACGACCCACAGUUGGCAAAAUACAAACAAACUUCAGUAGAUUCAACCCAAAUUGUAGCUGAAGAUGUAGGUCCCUCAACCUCACACGAAAAAGAAAACCAUGAUAGUGUGAUUUUUUACGACGUUUUAUCUCAUGCAAGUAUUGGCCUUCAAAGAACAAAGACAGAAGAUUUGUAUUCAGUGACAUCAUAUACUUCAGCAACAUCUGACUUCAAUGAUAAGAAUUUAUCAACAGUUUCAUUCAUGUCUGCAAAAUCAGGAUUCACAGACUGCACCUUACCUUCACUCAAUGGAGGGAGUCAAUCCUCGCUUGGAUCUGAAAUUCGAGCAUCCUUUGAUAAAAAGAGCAAGUUUCCAAGCAUGGAAAUCAACAACUAUCCCCUAAGUACUUCCUCAUAUUAUGAACGUGAGGAUGAUUUGAGAACAGAGUUAGAGAAGAUAGAACGACAAUAUCAAGAGGCAAUGAAAGAUUUAUCCAGAAGAAGAUAUGAGGCCAUCGUAGAGACCAGAAAGAAGCUGUCACUAAAAAAUACAAUCAUAGAAUAAUUUAAUUAGUCUUUUCAAUUAUCACUUGUUUCAAAUCCCUUCUUCAUAACCUUGGAAGUUACAAGUGUAAAUAGUGUGUUGUGGAUGAAAAGGUUCGUUUUUUUAGUUAUUAUGGCAUGAAAUUUUCUUAGUAAACAUCUAUUGAAAAUUGUACCUGAUAACAUGUUAAUAUUUCUGUCUUAGAGUUGUACAAGAUGAACCUAGUUAUUCGGUUUGGUA